GGAGGAAAUGUUCACUGCAGGGAAGACAGAGGAAACCGCUGCAAAGAAGAAAUGUGACUACCUUCUAAAAGAAGUGAGGGAGCUCAGCGACAAGGUCCAAAAUUACAGCAUUAUUGAGGCUUUGUGUAAAGAAACCAAAGCUUCAAAUGUGGCGAUGGACCUGCAGCGUCAAACUCUGCAACAAACAGUCAGUGAGCUCAAAACAAGGCUCAACAACUUUGAGGAAGUCAAAGAAGAAUAUGAGGCCGUGAGGCAAGAGCACGAUGAGCUGCAGAGUGAGAUUCGCUACCUGCAGGAUGAACUCCAAAAUGAGACUAGUGUGGACAUAAUGUGUGCUGCAUUAAAACGGCAGACAGAGGCGAUGAGCCAGCAAAAUGCCGCCCUGCAAAGACAACUCCUGGAGCUCAAGGAGAGGCAUCAGCAAUCCUACAACGAUGCAAAAGCAGAGAAAGAGGCGAUUAGCCAGCAGAAUGAUGCUUUGCGACAUCAGAUUCAGGAGAUGCAUGAAGAGAUCGAGAAUGAUAACGAUUUGGAGGAAGAGAUCGAGGCCGUGAAGGCAUUAAAUCAACACAUGAGCUGUGAAAACGCUGCCUUGCUGCAGGAACUCCAGGCUCUCAAAAAUAAAUCGAACAAUUUAAACAUCUGGCGUGACAUGUACAAGGAAACAUUGGACCGCAUGGACAUUUUGAAGAAGGACAAUGACAAUUUGAAUCAGCAAAUCCAAGUCGUAAACGACCAGCUCAGGAUUAAAAGACAUUUAAAGGACAAUUACGUAGAACUGGAAGCUGAAGAGAAGGUUCUGCAGGCACAAAACCGAGCCCUGGGUAAAACCCAUUCUGAUGUUUUUAAGAAGCUUCUGAAUGAAGAAGACUGGAAGCACAAAUACGACGUUCUGAAACAACAGACAGACGCCUUGACGCUCCAGAACAACAAAGCCACGGAGGAAAUCCAAAAUUUCCAUGAAAACCUCAGUGUUUUGAAUGCUUUAAAGGCAAAUUAUAAAUCACUGAAGGCAGAGAAAAAAGUUCUCACAAACCAGAACAACACUCUGCAGAAAGAACUUCAGAAGCUGGAGAAAAAGUUCUCCAAAGAAGAAACUCUGGAGGAAAGAACCAACGCGUUGAAGUCAGAGAACGAAGCUGUGAGCCAAGAGAACAGCGCUCUGCAGCUUAAAGUUCAGGAGCUCGGUGACACACUCCGAGGUGAGAGCGUUUGGGCCAACACAUACAACUCCCUGAAAGUGGAAAAGAAUACCUUGAACCGGCUGAAUAAAAACCUUCAUAAAGAACUAGAGAAGGUUACUAAAAAGGCGGACAAAGAAAAAGCUCUGGAGGGGAAGUGUACGGCGAUGAGGUUGAAGACAGAGAACAACCGCAGACAACACGACUCCCUGACAGAACAAAUCAGCACCCAGAUGUGAUACUGUGGUGUCAUAUUUUAGCAUGGAGUCCCCCGUACCAAACACACUUUCUUAAUUUGGCAAAUAUUCCUAAAACUUUCAUUAAUCCAUGCAGUGAUUGCAUGGAUUUACUCCAAGUCCUCUGGUUCCCUCCCACACCAAAAAAGGUUCCUAAAGUGGCCUCCAUUCCUAAAAAGUUUAUCAAUUCCUGCAGUGACUGCAUGAGUUUACACCCAGUUUCCUCCCUCAACAAUUUUCUUAAUUUGGCAAAUACUCCAUGCAGUGAUUGCAUGUCCAAGUCCAUUGGUCAAUUCAAUUCCUGCAGUGACUGCAUAGGUUUAC